CCGUGAGCUCCUUACCGCAGAGGAGCCGGACCCCACGAACACACCCUCUCUGUUCAACCAAAACACACAAGAAAUUUCUCAGAUCUUAUCCUUUUUUUUGUCAAAAUCAAGCAAUCCGAACAAUGUCUUCAUCAUUCAGCGGCGAUGAAACUGCUCCGUUCUUCGGCUUCCUUGGCGCGGCUGCUGCGCUCGUCUUCUCCUGUAUGGGGGCUGCGUAUGGUACGGCGAAGAGUGGUGUAGGAGUAGCGUCGAUGGGUGUAAUGAGGCCAGAGCUGGUGAUGAAGUCGAUCGUUCCUGUUGUUAUGGCUGGUGUGUUGGGUAUUUAUGGUCUGAUCAUUGCUGUGAUCAUCAGUACUGGAAUUAACCCCAAGGCCAAGUCCUACUACCUUUUUGAUGGUUAUGCACAUCUCUCUUCUGGUCUCGCUUGUGGUCUUGCCGGGCUCUCUGCUGGAAUGGCUAUUGGAAUUGUUGGUGAUGCCGGUGUCAGAGCCAACGCACAGCAACCAAAACUUUUUGUUGGGAUGAUCCUCAUUCUCAUCUUUGCUGAAGCUCUGGCCCUGUAUGGCCUUAUCGUUGGCAUUAUCUUGUCUUCGCGAGCUGGCCAGUCCAGGGCAGAGUAAGCUGUUUGAGUAGUUUUUUUUCUUCUGAGUCCAUUUAUGGUAUCUCGUGGGAGAUAAUCAACUGUGAAACAUAUUAUUCUUCUCUGGAUCACUUGAAAGUAACCCCCCCCCCUCCCUUUCCUUCUCCCCCUAACCCCAUUCACGCGUGGUCCUUGGUGCUGUUUGUAGAGUAGUAAUGAGUUUUUAUGCGAAUAAAAAAGCUUGUAAAGCUGUCUCUGUUGGGUUUUUGUCUAAAUAUGUAUGUUGCAGUCAUUACUUCAAACAGUGUGGAAAGUAUUAUUUGGAGUUAUUGCCUGUAUGAUGUUAUCGUUGAUUUUAUUCUGUUUUCCUUGACCUCAAUAAGAAAAAGUCGUAUCCAGUGCACAAACCUUGCCUAUAGUGUUGUUAUUCUUAGUCUUGAAUCCAUGGUGUAGUUUUUAGACGUAUGAGCACUUAACAUCGUUCAUCGUUCAAUGCUUGAUCUCUCAACUGUCUCCCUUGCCAUCUCUAUCCACUAAAUUGUUACUGAAUGGCUCGUAUAUU